CAAAACGGAGCAAAAUGUCGGGACAAGCAGUCAAGGCCUUCAUCGAAAAUAAAAGAUUAUUUUGGAUGUUUGUGAUAAUUUUUCUAAAGAAUGUAAAUGAUACGGAUUGUACCAGCAGCGGAGUGAAAAAGACUUUUCCAUCAGUUGGAAUAUGUCUGACAAUGGGCCGUUCAAUGGAUGAAGUUAAGAACGCCGUGCUUAGACGUUCUCCCGGGGAAGAACUACCACGCAACUAUAUAAGAAUGAUAAAAGAUUACCUUUUUGUAAGCCCAAAUGACUUUUACCGUGGUGGGGCUCAAUAUUGUGAAGGACGAAAUGCCACAUGUGGAGUCGAUAUUUUAGACAUGAGAAGGGAGUUACUUCCCAGAAAGUGCACGGAGAUUUUUGACAAAAUUUACUUUGGCGAUAAAUUGCUUCCUGACUGCGAACAAAUAUUCAAGUUUCAUGAACUAGAAUUGGGUUAUUGUUUUCUAGCAAACAAUUAUAUGGACUACGAGAGCACCGAUAAAAUGCCUUUGCAAUACUCUUCGUUGGACAAACACAGGAAUCUACGAUUGGUCUUCAAACCCCCCAAACUAUAUAACUAUGAAUUGCAUGUUCAAAGCAAUGAGGACGUUCCGAAUUUUGCUAGUUCAGGUCCCGGGAUCACCUCAUAUCAUACCAAACAAAUUUACGAAGUCGAGGAGACUCCUAACCGCAAAUCGAUCAACGAACCUAUUUCUCAACGGCAAUGUAGAUUCCCAAGUGAACAUAUCAUCGAGGGAACUCCUUACAGUCAUUCGACGUGUGUUGGUAAUCGCUUUAGUGAAAUGGGGAUGGAUAAAUGCAAUUGCUCCGUGUUCAGUUAUAAAGAUCCAAGUUCAAAAAACUUUUGCGGUGUACAGGGAUUAAUCUGCUUGGCUAAAGAAAUGAAAUUGGAAGUUAUAGAAAAUAUUUCUGCUGACAAGACUUGCUUACCGUCCUGCGUGCAUCAAAAUAUUACACGUAUCGGAGACAAAGAUUAUGAUCUGGAAGGGUAUGUGGUGGAAAUAAAAUUAGAAUCUCGAAACUAGUUAUAAUGCGUUUCCUUUGGCACUGGAAUUGCAAAAGAUUCUUUAAUCACACUUAACCGUUUUUUGUUGAAAAUGUAUUCUGUGUUCUAAACUUUGCAUUGGCUUGCACAU